AUGUAUGGGCCGGUGAGAAGUUCGGAGCGAUGGGCCUCUUGGGAGGAGUUACAGAGUAUUGCGUUUCAAUGGGACGCGCCAUGGUACGUUGGAGGUGAUUUUAAUGCUGUGAGGAGCUUGGAGGAGAAGGUGGGGGUGAGUCAUGCAAUAGGGCCCACGCGAAUGUUCUCCUUUUUUAUUGAUGAGAUGCAGUUGAUUGAUUUGCCACUUCAGGGAGGAGGUUUUACUUGGUCUAGAGGCCAAGCAUUGUCUCGGAUUGAUAGAUUUUGUCACUGGGGACUGGGAGGAGCACUUUUCUUAGAUGAUUCAGAUCAAAUUACAGCGUCCGAUUUGACCAUUGAUUUGAAACGAUGGAAUGCGGAGGUGUUUGGUAGUUUGGAGGUUCAGAAAGCAAACAUUCUGAUAGUGUCGCAGGGGUUAGAUGAGGAGGAGGCUGAAGGGGUUCUCUCUGAAGAGGACUUGGUCCAUUGGGAUAGGGCUCGAAAGGAGUACGAGCAAGCUCUUCAGAUGGAGGAAAUUAGCUUUCAACAGAAAUGA